AUGGCACUGCUAGGAUGCGGUGCUAAAUGUGUUAUUGCCGAAAGCUUCGCUUUUAUCUUUCAGCGUAACAUGCCAAACCUUGGACUCCUCGGCAUUACCAUGCCGGAGAAGUUAUUUCACGCGGCUGCCGAGGAUGGAGCGGAGAUCGAGAUUGACUUAAAUGAUAGCAUCAUUAAUAUGGAUGGAAGACCGUUCAGGUUCAGUCUCAGUCCAAUGGAGAGAGAGCUCUUUCAUCAUGGUGGUAUUGCGUCCGCCUUUGGAAAGUUUGGUAGUAACUUGUUUGAAGCGAUGACGGAGGGAAAGAGGUUGGGUGUAACGCCUCACCGUGGCAUUACAAAAGCCACUGAUGUACACCCCGAGUUGCAGUGGUAG